AUGGAUGAGAAAUCUCAUAACGGAGUUCAUAAACCCCUUCAAAUAUCGAGAAAUAGUAAUCCCAUACGGCACGAUGGGCAAGAUGGUAAGAGUGCCUCACUUUCGGCUAAUCUUGGUGAUUACA